AUGCUCGCCGGCAUGCCGCCCAUCAUCCCUGGCGGCAAGAUCGACCCGGCCAUGCUGCCCACCAGCCUCGGCGUCACGCGCGAGCUCGAGCCGCACUACCGCAAGCUCAAGGCCGAGGAGGAGAAGCUGCGCCACGACCUCGACGCCAAGCAGGACAAGCUGAGGCAGGGCCUCGCCGUGUGGGACAGACUCGAGCUCGAGAGCAAGGCGUGGAAGACGAGGGUCGAUUUCAACGAGCAGAGCAUGAUGGGUCUCACGGAGGGGCCAGCCUUUUAG